UCUUCCGCGCCGUCGCUCCAUUGGGUGCCAUCGUCGAUCUUUGAAUCAAUCGCGCCUACGGGUCCGUCUGCAUCACAUGUCUGUAUGUGAUCGUCGCAGGCUCGAGCGCUUUCGCAAUUGCCUUCUUCGGUAGGGCUCGUGAGCUUAGGCCAGCCUGAAUCAGCUGACUAAGGCGCUCACUCGUCUCUUGUCCGACUCCGCCUUGUACUUAUUGUGAAGGCAACGCAAUAUGAAAGUGACUCAGCUGACAUGCCUCUCCUUGGCCCGACCAUGGAGGGCAGAAACCAGGCCUUUCAACUGCUGAAGCCACGAUGCGUGACCUUGAGCCAAGCGGCACUUGCGCUCAGCGGGCCAUGCGGCGACGUACAGUCCGUGGCAAACGCACUUGAGGAACUCAGCAUUGCACUCACCAAGCUAUCCACGCAACCGGACAGUCUGGACUCCAAGCUCGCCGACUACGUAUUCUUUCCCAUUUCGCAAGUCCUCAAGCUCAGCCAGAAGGCGUCCCUGCGCUGCCUCGAGACUAGUCUACAAUGUAUUGCAAUCCUUAUCUCACAAGGAUGGCGUCAGAGCAUCGAGCCGCAGUUGGCUGCGCAGAUCGUCAUCCUGUGCACUUUGAUGGCCGAGAAGAACCCUAAAGGCUUUCAAUUCGAUGAAACGACAGACUCCUUACAGACUGCAGCUCUCGGUUGUCUCCGUCGUGUGUUUACAGUCGCUGGACGUUCGCCUGGUUGCCUAAAGCUUUUCCGCUCCGAGGCAAACUUCCCUCAACUGGGCCAGACAGUAACGAUUGUCCUAGAUGGCAUUGAAGAUGGUGCAUCAGUCGAGACUCAGGUUGAUGCAGUGGAUGCAUUACGUGCUUUGGUUGAUGGAGUAGCCGAUACCGAUCUUUGCGCAUCAUUCUUGCCUGGUAUCAUCUCGAAGCUUACCAAAGUUCUGGCGCCGAGCACGAAGCAAAGAAGAAAUCAUAGGGUACUGAUUGGUUGCCUGCAGCUUGUGGCGCUUCUACUGCAGCGUACUUUGGGCGACAGCAUGACCAUGAAAGCAGGGCAGGCACGGCACGAACGAACCGGCGCCGUGAGAAGCGAGCAAUGGUGCAAGACGGCCGCCUCUCAGCUCAAGCCCGCAUUGACAGCCAUGAUGCACCUGCAAAAUCACGAACGAGAUGACGUGAAGAAGGUUCUGGCCAGUCUCUGCUCGGUGAUACUGGAAAGCUGCGAGACAACUCUCAGCACUUGCACAAGUGUCGCUUUGGAGACGCUCCUCUCGUUAUCUACGGCGAGCAGUGAACAUGACACCUACAGGAAGCUCCAGUAUCUAUUAGCGGUCAAGCCAGCUCUUCAGGGCAUCUUAGAGACGACACUGUAUGACUGGCUGCAAUCAUUGCCAACUCUGAUGCAAUCUGUCGACGAAGAAGCUAAGGUGCACAAGCUUGCCCAAGCUGCGUCAGCGUAUAAAUUGCUUGCACAGGGCAAAGGUGACACUAGCACUAUUGACCGAAUGCUAGCGAGCAGUCUCGCGGACAGCGUGGUCAUUACACUGCGGGAAGGCGGGCUACAGAAGGCCGCAUCGAGGUUUGCGUCUCCGGUGCGUUCUUUGGAUCUUGUGGUGAGUGACAAUAGCCUGGGCAGCGUCCAGUUUAGAUCGGCCUUGGUGCAGUAUCGGAACCAGGAAAGUCUUCUAAGCAGUAUCGAGGAUUUUGCGCGGGUUGUUUCCACAACCACGCCGUCACCCUUCUUCACCACGGACUUGGUGCACUCUCUGCGGAAUACUAAUGGCGAGCAGCAAAUUGCAGCCUUCUGGCUCUCGCUUACUGCGCUUCAAAGCGCACUCUCUAAAAACGACGAUGUAAGCGACUUCAUCAGUGCCACGAAUGAGGGUCGCGCAGAGCAGAUGGAGCACCUUGACGAACUCUACGCGUUCUCUCUUUCGGUGCUCUCUGCCUUUCCGGAAGAAGACGAGCCGCCAGAUCUUCGGCUUCAAGCACUAGGUCUCCGAACUCUUGCUCUCCGAGCGCAGACUGCCGGCCCAGAUUUCCGCUACGAGCUCAUUGACGCCCUCUAUCCCGUUCUCCACACCUUAGCAACACCGAAUAGCGAACUCCAACAGGACAGUAUCACCACCCUUAAUAUCAUCCAACAAGCUUGCGGCUACUCCUCGGUCAAAGACCUCAUCGUAGACAACGUCGACUACCUGACCAACGCUGUAGCGCUGAAGCUUAAUGCCUUCGAUGUCUCGCCCCAAGCGCCGCAAGUCUUGCUCAUGAUGGUGCGGCUUGCAGGACCGAGUCUUUUGCCGUAUCUGGAAGAUACUGUGGAGAGCAUUUUUGCUAUUUUGGAGAGCUAUCAUGGGUACGGGUUGCUUGUUGAGUUGUUGUUCAGGGUGUUGAGUGUCGUAGCUGAGGAAGGUGCUAAGUCUCCGCAGCUUAUGGCUAUCGAACACGGUAGGCCUGAUGUCUUGUCGAGCUUCUCGCGUGGACUGUGGGAACCGACUACCGUACAACAGCUUGCUGGUGUACUGCACGAGCGUGCUAUUGAAGGACAGCGAUCGCGGGAAGGUGUCCGAGAAGCGCAUCCUCAGCGACCGUGGAAGCUCGCCAACAAGGACGACGCCCGGAGCAGGACCGACAGCAUGGACGACGAGGAAGGGUUCAACGAUCAAGACAAGCAAAUUUCAGACGAAGACGUCCCACCUCCAGCGCCCAGGACUUAUAAUCUCCUCUUCAAGAUUACGGAACUAACGCAGCAUUUCUUACCAUCUGCUUCGCCAUCACUGCGCGUAAGCUUGCUCUCCCUUAUCAGAACCACAGUCCCAGCUAUAGCACGUCACGAAAACUCCUUCCUACCAUUGGUCAACACCUUAUGGCCGGAGAUCACAUCUCGACUUGAGGACGCCGAGCCGCACGUUCAAGCGAUGGCUGUCGACAUUGUGGGAGUACUGUGCGAGUACGCCGGCGACUUCAUGCACAGCAGGGUAGUUGCACUGUGGCCCAACCUUGCGGCUUUGUGGGAGAAAACUGUCAGACAGCUUGUCGCUUCGGUCGGAAUUGUCAAGGCUUCACCAGUGCAGCAGACAGGGCCAAGCACAGCGCUUGUGCCGACUGACCCGACGAUCAAGCGAGCCAUAACCAGAUCAUUGGGAGAUCAUACAAACACAUCUGCCCGCUUGUUGUGGAAGGCAAUGUCUGGCACACUGCAAAAGAUUGUGAGACAAGUAGCCAUUCCACCGGAGCUGUGCGAUGAUGCGCUGGAGAUGUUGACAACAGUCCUGGAACAUGAAGAGGUCCAGGGAGCGUUUGAGGAGGCGAAUCCCGAUGCGCUGUGGCUCGCGAAGGUCAAGGCUGAUCUUAUGGGCAGGCCGAUCGUGCCGAGCGUGCCUAAGGGCAUGGAUUGGCGGUUUGCGACCCUCCCAAGCUAAACGACAUCGAAAGACAUGCGCGACCUUUCUCAACAACGCCCAUGACGACCCCUGCCACUUGCGGAAUAUAGC